AGAGAGGUCACACGGCUUGGACCCGACCAGGCUGACUGGCAGCGAGUGGGCACCGACUUCUCCUGGGCGGCGGUAGGCUCUCCAUGUCUUGGUGGUGCAGCUAGCCGGCGCGAGGAGGCGAGAACAUACGGCCCAAGAAUGGCCCGCGAAGCGCUCUGUGUGCGUGGGAUGUCUCGAUCCAGAAUCCGUGGGUCGGCAUCAAGGCACGACUCCGGACUGGUCGUGUGAUCACGACCACGUAAGCAGGCAAUCUUGCUACCUACAGCGAACCUGCAUAGGUGGUCGCACAAGAGAGAAAGGGGGGGGGGGAACGAGAGAGAUGGAGAGAAGGCAGAAGUCUUUCGGAUCUACACUCAGCAGGACGAACAUCUCCGAGAUCAGGUCUCUCGCAACUUGUGACCCGAACUCAGCUAGACUAGCUAAGAGUUAUAGCCGGGAUGCAGACAACCUGAUAAAUCGGUUUCCUUCCUCGUUUCUCCCCCUUGUAAGCGAGACUGCAAUGGAACGCCAUUCCCAGGUACGCAGCGGGUCAUCUAUACCCAAAUGUUGGGUGCCCCCCCUCCCCUGGCCAUUGGCCCGGCUUCCGGUCUUAAUCUACAUAUCGUCACUCACACACACACACACUUACUCGCACACCCAAGUUCGAAGGCUGUUGGGUUAUCACAGCUGCAUGAGGCCUUGGCGUAUGCAACUGCCCCUAUACUCCACGGAUUCCCAGGCUCCCGUCCAUCGUCGACACCACCGGACUGGCUCUGACGAGCAGUCAUAUGCUUGGGGGUGGGGAGACGCCUACUGCAAGCCACAAAACUUGGCAGCACGAUCGGGCCAGAUUCUUCGCUCAGCUCGGGCAUCUCUCGACAGCAAGCACGAGAUCCUUAGGGGGGAUCUCCCCCCUUCCCCGCGAGAUGCCAGUGCAGAAGAAGAAAAGCGCCACAAUGGAUAUAUGGCUCGGGCUAGACUCCCCUCCCCUAGCAAAGCCGCUCGUUGCAGGCUCGUUAUAUAACUGUAUAUAGGCCUGUCCUGAGCCACGUCGCGGUCGACGCUGCUCGUUCGAAUCCGCGCGUAGGUGUGCCGGCCCGUCCCGUGCUCUCGCCGUCUCUGCGCGGACAGCCUGCCCUGAUCUACUCACUCGAGUUCUAUGACAGAUCCAUCUACUCUGGCCCCGGCAAUCUGGCGUAGAGCGUUACAUCUACCAGCCCGGUGGUAGGUAUCUACGUCCCUGUCAGACCUGUCAGACCGUUAGACAGCAACUCUGGCUCCCCGACCGUACCUAUUGGUCCAGCAUGGGAUAGGGAGGGAGGGGGAUGAGAAAAC